AUGAGUGAAAUUAAUGAGCCAUCAAGUGGUAUAUUAGCCUCUUCUAAUAAUACCAACAAAGGGUCACCACAAAGGCCUUCAACAUCUGCAGCUUUGCCAAUAACUUAUAUAUUAAUCGGUGUUAGCUGCUUAAAUGUAUGGAAUUCAGCAUUAGGGCUAAACAUUAAAAUUACGUAUAAUAUAUUUCAGAUGGCAGGUUUGUUAGGCUCCUCUAUUUUAUCCCUUUUCGUAAAUUUCCCAAGAGCUUUGUUACCAAUGAGUUUAGGAGUAUUGAGUUUAUUAUGCGCUGGUUUUCAGAUAGCACACCAAACAUUUUCUGAAACUGCAUUUGAUGCAUACUGUUUAGGAGCUUUUAUAACAAUUGGACUAAUGGCUGGUAUAGCUCAAUCUAUUGCCUUUGCUAUUGGAACAACUAAAGAAAAUAAUAUGAGUGGGUACCUAUCUGCAGGUAUUGGUAUGUCCGGGAUUUUAAUAUUUUGCAGUAAUUUAAUUCUAGAUUAUAUAGUUUCAAGUGAUAAAAAAUAUGAAAUAAAUCAAGCCAAGCUAUUAUGGUUAUUUGGUAUUUCUGAAGUAUUUUUAGUUAUCACGAUUAUUUUUUGUUUAUUAUAUAUAGAUAUAUUCCCUAAAAAUGACAAUAACAAUUCAACAGAUAUUGAAAAGGGAGAAGGAAAAGAAGAUAGAUUACCACUCAUUGAGAUACUUAAAGAUGGCUAUAAAGCUAUUCUAGCUAUCUUUUUAGUUAAUUGGUUAUCUUUACAAUUAUUUCCAGGAGUUGGGCAUAAAAAGUGGCAAGCACGUCACGGAAUGUCUGAUAAUCAUGUUACUAUAGUAGUAGGAAUGUUUCAAGUUUUUGAUUUUAUUAGUAGAUAUCCUCCAAAUUUGACCCACAUAAAAAUGUUCAAGUAUUUCACAUUUUCAUUGAACACUCUUUUAAUUGGUAAUUUCCUACGUUUAUUAUUCAUCCCAUGGUUCGUAUUAAAUGCAGCAGUUGCACACCCAUUCUUUACAAAUAUAGUUCAACAAUGUAUUUGCAUAGCUGCCCUUGCUUUUACUAAUGGAUGGUUUAAUACAGUCCCAUUUAUGGUAUUUGUUAAAGAGCUUAAAAAAGUAAAAAGUCAAAAAGAUAUAGAAGUUAUUUCAAGAAUUAUGGUUUUGGCAUUGUUUUGUGGUUUAUUCUUUGGUAUGUUAACCACAUGCUUAUACGAUAAUUUCCCAAUAGUAAUUCCAAAAGCUGUCGCAAAAUAA